UCUUGGUCUCAUCCCGUCUCUGCACUCUUUGCUGACAUUUCAACUGUGGUUGUCAACGGCGCAUCAACUCAACCACAGUGAAACAUUCAGAUAGAAUUCUGUUACACACUUGUACCGGCUGAAGGUUAUCUCCUGCAGUUAUAAUAAGAGAGCACCAUGAGGGACUAUCAAGGCUGGGCUUUAUGUCAGCAGAUGUGAAGAGGCUCCCUUGAAGCUGCUCCUCUGACCUUCCUGGACUGAACUCUGUCAAACUUUAAACAGCUCUGGAAUGUGUCUGAAGCUCAUCACGUACAGGACAGCUCUGUUUUACGCUCAAGACACACCUCUGACCAAAUAACAACAGGUGAAUUUCUAACCAGCAAAGUCAUUAAAAAUAUAUAUAUAAAAGGGACGAUGAAUGUAACAUCUACACCUCCAUCAUCAUCAACAACGGUUGCAAACUCAACUGUAUGUGUUCGAAUUGGAGCUAAUGCUAUCAGCGACGUCCUGAUGUCGGUUUACAUCCUGGCUUUUAUCUUUGGUUUGAUCUUCAAUGUUCUUACCUUUGGCCCGAUUGUGCAACAAGUGAAACGACAAAACGUCCUGGGCAUCUUCUUGCUCUGCCUGUCUCUAUCUGACCUACUUUUCAUCUUCACCAUGCCACUUUGGAUCAAUUAUUAUCUGCAGGACCACCACUGGAGGCUAGGUCCCGCCUCAUGCAACAUUGCUGGCUUCUUCUACUACUCCAACAUGUACAUCAGCAUCUUCCUGCUUGUUUGUAUCUCUGUAGACCGCUGCGUGGUGGUCACAUACCCACUUCGCUCCAAAACCCACCGUACGGCGUGCUACGUGUGGGCACAAUGUGCUGCAGUUUGUGUCAUAGUGAUUGUUCUGCAUGUUAUGGUACUAAUAAACGACAACCUCACAGAUGCACACGAUGAGGUCAACAACAAUGACCGCUGUUAUGAGACCUUCCCCAUGACGUCUCCUAUUGCUUUGUUCAACAUGCUAAGAGUGGGGUUUGGCUUUGUGCUGCCCCUGCUGAUUUUGGCAGUGAGCUACUGGAAGGUACUGGCCACUGUCGGUCAGAGUCCUGGUCUGAGCGCCCAAGCUAAGAGGAAGGUCCGUUUGCUGUCCUUUGGGGUAAUUGGGAUCUUCUCAGUUUGCUUCGCUCCUUAUCACAUUCUCUUGCUUGUACGCUCUUUAGUUUUCUACCACAGUGACAAUACACUACCCGACGGAAGCUACUGCCAAUUUGAACAAAAAAUGCACUUCUACUUCUCAUGCACACUGGCUCUAUCCAGUCUAAACUGUGUGGUGGACCCUGUGCUCUAUGUGCUGGUCAGUAACGGGUUCCAAAAGGAGGUCAAACUGUGCUGCACGAGACAAAAAAGGACACAGACAGAAGAAUGUGCCUUAACUGCAUACAACAGGGAGAAGUGUAAUAAUAACUUAAUAUGAAAAAUAAGCUACAUGGUAAAUAUGUUGGUAUAUAUGUACAUUUAUAUACAUGCAUGAGUGUGUACUGUAUGUGCCUUUAAACCCGAUUAUGCAUAAUGUGUUGUUUUAACAUAUGACCACCUUCAAACUUAACGACUGAGUGGCAGGAUAAUUCACAUGCUAUGUGCAACCUCUGACAUGCAGACAAUCAGAACAGAAUCAAUUUCCUGUAUUCUCCAUCUCAUCCUGAGCAGAGGCGGAUUUGAAUAACAUGCAUGUUGGUAAUUGGAUUUCAGUCCUAGGUUCUGUUCUCCCAAGAGUUCUUCAGUGGCAGCCACUUCUGGUUUGUGGAUGGCCAAUACCGGAGCUGAAGUACUCUUGUAUUUUCCCUCCAAUCUAACAAGGAUAUUGUGACCGUAAUUGUGUGACCCUGGUAUAACUAAAAGUGCAUUAUCUCUGAAGCAAAAUAAAAAAAUAUAUAUAUUUAUCUGCACGAACAUGUCCUCAAUGUCUGACUUGCAUCAAAAUAUUGGGUUGUUGUAUUUGUACAGUUAAUUGAAAUAAACCAGUGAUGUCAACAGAU